GGUGCGGAGUUUGGGCUGCUGGGAGUCGCAGUGAGGCUGGCCAUCCGCAGUUUGCUGAAACGGGGCGAGGUGGCAGGGUGGGACUGAGGCGCCCGGCGUGCCACUGGUUGUCCCGGCGGUUGUCAGAGCAGGCCGGGCGUGGACAUGCGACUUCUGUCCCGCCAGCUAUUGGGAAGUGGAAGUGGAGCGCGUGGUGGAGCAGGCUGAGCGGGAGUUUUGGAGGGAGUUUGCAUGUGGUCAGCGCUGGGCGCCUAAGCCAGCCCCCAGCUCACGUUACACUCUAUUUAUAACCUCUCAGAGCCAUUUCCCCCUAAAAGCAGUUCUCUGGGACCACCUUCUUUUGGCUUCCACUUCUCCCACACUUGACAUCUGAGUAGCUCCGAGGGAAGCUCCUCCAGGUCCCACUGUUUAGAUGUGAAGGAGACUAGCCUAGGCGCUGGGGCUCAGGAUCCGGAUCUGCCCAGCUUGCACAAACUCGCGACUCUUACUUUGGGAGUUGGGGGGAAGAGUCAUAGGAUUUCCAGUGAAAAGUAACAGAGCUUGGUGGACUUUGGGAUCCUCUUGAAGUCUUCUGCCGGGAAGCUGAAACUUGCAUGCCAUGGAACACCCUCUCUUCGGCUGCUUGCGCAGCCCCCACGCCACGGCGCAAGGAUUGCACCCGUUUUCCCAGUCCUCUCUGGCCCUCCACGGAAGAUCUGACCAUAUGUCAUAUCCCGAACUCUCCACGUCCUCCUCAUCUUGCAUUAUAGCGGGAUACCCCAACGAGGAGGGCAUGUUUGCCAGCCAGCAUCACCGGGGCCACCACCACCACCACCAUCACCACCACCAUCAUCACCAGCAGCAACAGCACCAGGCUCUGCAAACCAACUGGCACCUCCCGCAGAUGUCCUCCCCACCAAACGCGGCCCGGCACAGCCUCUGCCUGCAGCCGGACUCUGGAGGGCCCCCGGAGCUGGGGAGCAGCCCACCGGUCUUGUGUUCCAAUUCAACAAGCUUGGGCUCCAGCACCCCGACCGGCGCCGCAUGCGCACCAGGGGACUACGGCCGCCAAGCGCUGUCACCCGCUGAGGUGGAGAAGAGAAGUGGCACCAAGAGGAAGAGCGACAGCUCAGAUUCCCAGGAAGGAAAUUACAAAUCAGAAGUCAACAGCAAGCCUAGGAAGGAAAGGACAGCUUUUACCAAAGAGCAAAUCAGAGAACUUGAGGCGGAAUUUGCCCAUCAUAAUUAUUUGACCAGACUGAGGCGAUAUGAGAUAGCAGUGAAUCUAGAUCUCACGGAAAGACAGGUGAAGGUGUGGUUCCAGAACAGGAGAAUGAAGUGGAAGAGAGUCAAAGGAGGACAGCAAGGAGCUGCAGCUCGAGAAAAAGAACUGGUGAAUGUGAAAAAGGGAACCCUUCUCCCCUCGGAGCUGUCAGGAAUCGGUGCAGCUACCCUCCAGCAGACAGGGGACUCGCUAGCAAAUGACGACAGUCGCGACAGUGACCACAGCUCAGAGCACGCACACUUAUGAUACAUGCAGAGAUCAGCUUCAUUCUCAGGAAAGCAACAUUAUGAUGGCAAAUCUUACCCAAACAUCGUUUACAUGGGAGAUGACUAUGGCAGUGACGUUUAGAUAAUUGAAUGCAGGCAUCUCAAGUCUGUUUUUCAUGAUUGAUAGAAGGUUUACACUAAGUGCCUCUUAUUGAAGAUGCUUCAACAGUCAAGAUGGAGGUGAACUUGCUUUGCAUAGUCCAGAUAUGUCUGUUCCUCAACGUGACAGUUAGAUAUGUGUUUGCAUUUGCUUGCACAGAAAAUUAAAAUACUAUCAUGAGCAAACUCAGACAAUUUUUUUUCCUCCAAGAUGCCUCCUUAGUGAAGAUGCCAAAACUGAACUUGCUUUGAACAUCCUUUUGUACCAGGUCAUGUGUGACAGUGGCAGGUAUUUGCUUUUGCUUGCACUGAAAGUUAAAUUGCUAUCAAGUUAACCCAUGAAAUAUUUUGUCUUGAACAGCCACAAUGCCUGAAAUCACCAAGUGGAUAAAAAAAUGUAUUUUAACUCUGUAUAUAUUACCCCUAAGUCAUUUUCCUGUCUUCACUAAUUUUAGCAGUUCAUUCAUAUUAGCUAAUGAAAAUAGGCUCUCCUGUUGACAACCACAGCCAGCUUCUUGUAUUUUUAUUCAUUUUGUCAGUCAGAGACAAUCAGUGUGUGCUUAUUUGUGUUCAAGUAGAGAAAAAUGCAGUAGAGUCUGAUAGGACACAUUCUUGUACCACAGACAAAACAAAUCUUCUGUUGCAUUUACUACCAACUGCUGCUGAUACAUUGUACUAGAACUUACCUAUCUCCUCAGCUCUUCCUAUCUUAUAGCUUGAAAGAAAUUAGACUCAUAGGCAAAUCAGUUACCUUGCAGAAAGAACUUGUGUGGCAGACAUCUGAUUUUAUUUCUUUAAAAUGUUUGCUUCCAUUAAUGUGAUUCAGUUAACAAGGAAAAGACUUAUUUCUUAUUGGAAAUGGUGUCAAAUAAAAUUCAAAACAAAGUUGAUUCUUCAGUAGGCUAGAUGACAAAUUCUGAAUGUCUGCAAAUUAAACUCAGUAAAAGUACAUUAUUUUUCAUAUGCUAUAUACUCACACAGAACAAGUGUAUUUUGUAAAAUAAAGUUUAA